ACGAUAAAUGAAUUAAAAAUACAUAUCCAAAGCAAACCUGAACCCCCUUCUCUUCCCGCAAUUCUCUAGAAGCUCUUAAAACCGCCCUUUUAGUAAGCUUCUUCCUUCAUAAAGUUUUAUUAUUAAAAUUGUGAAAUGAAGAAAUUGAACUAUUAUUACCUACCAAUCUUUUCCUAGAAAUUUCUUUUGGGAAAAUUGAAAUCAUCAAAACUAAUGGGAUCAUCAAAACGGAGAGCUGCAGAUAACAGUAGAGGAGGCAGCAGCACUGACCAUUUACAUACCCUUCAUCAACGUCUCAAACAUGCUUUAAGUCUUGGUACCACCAGAGUGAGUGAUGAUAAAGAAAGGAAAUGGAAGUGUACGGAUUUAGAAAUUCAGAAGCAUGUGGUUCGUUCCCUUGCUGCUUUUCUUGAUUCUUCUUCGGGGCAUGCUUCGACUCAUCGGCUUCUCAAGGAUUCUCUAGCUGAUAUUGUUGAGGCAUUGGUGUGGAUUCUGCAUUGUAAAAGUGAAGCCAUAGUAGGCAUGGCAGUAAAUGUGGUGGUGAAGUUGGUCAGCAGUAACAGUUCAAUGAUGCAAUUGUACUUGACAGAUCUCAUCAACCCUUUGUCAUCAUUAUUAUGUUCCAACAACUUAGAAGUUGCUACUUCCUGUGCCACUGCUUUGAACAUGGUCCUCUCCAAUCUAAGUGUUAAGAGGGAGAAACAAGUUUGGGAGAUGGUCAAAGAAGCAAAGACUCUCAUUCAAAUUAUUAGGAUUAUUCGGGAAUUUCCUGGUGUCACCCAGCCAAUUGAGAAUUUUCAAGAGAUGGUUUCACUAUUGUAUACAAUAUUGUGGCGGUGGCCUCCAUCUCGUUAUUUUGUGUGGAAGGAUACUAUUUUGAUCAAAGUUUUAGAAGAUUCUCGCAUUAAAUCUCAUCUUUCUACAAAAGUUGCGGUGUUGAAAUUAUGUUCUGCUUUAGCUUUAUGCAAUAAAGUAGCCAAGGAGCUUCUGGGAAAUGGGGAAACAAUUCUAACAAUGAUGGUUUCUUGCAUGGAUGUCUCAGAGCCUCUGGCAGUCAGAAUAGAGGGAUUUAGACUUGCCCAACAUUUGGUGGCAGAUGAACAACGAUGCAUAAAAAUGACAAGCUUAUGUUCUGGGCCUCUAAUUAAAGCCAUUAUUGGAGGAAUGAGAGUAUGGAGGUUGGGCUCUGGAAAGGGUGUAAAUGAUCUGGUGUCUUUGCUAGAUGAGGCCUGUCGGUUGGCUCUAAUUACUCGCUGGCCAGGAGAACAUCACAAUCACUUUUGGGAGCAAGGGAUUGACAAAGUUCUUCUUGAUCUACUUCUUGAAAAUUUUGACAAACAAGCAUCGGAGCACACUUUGACACCUCAGGCACGAAUCUCUAUUGCUCAGCAAGGCCUUGAUACUAAUUUUCUUAUUGCACUAAGGCCAUACAUAUGGGAGAUUUUUGGAUGGCUUGCAGUGCACUGUAGAAAAGAUUUUAGACCAAGCACGGAUCGAACUGAGCUCUAUAUUGACAUGCUUAUCACAUGUGCAUGCUUGUCUUUUGUAGAAGCAAUUUGCAAAGGAUGCCAAAUUUCUGAAAAUGAUGAUACCUCUAGAAGUGAAUCAUCAUCAAGAGCAGUUUUAGUUAUGAUGCAUUCUAGCAGCACAUAUAUUGCAUCAAAAGUAAGGCUCAUCCUUUCUGGUGUUCUAGAGAUAAAGGGAAAUGAGUGUCUGAAACGCUUGCUGUAUUUACUAGAUUAUGGAUCAUCUGCAAACAACUUUGGCUCAGCAAACAUUCCUAAAACUGUUGUCGAAUUGGUUUGUUUGAUUUGUUAUUCUGGAUUGCCAGAAUAUCAAAAAAAUGUUACUAGAGGCGAUGGAAUAAGGACACUAGUGACUUCCAUAAGACGGUGCUUGAGCAAUGGAGUUUGUACUAGCAGGAGAAGCUUUGCCCUUCAUUUUUAUCAUAAUGUGUUUUAUGAGAGGACAUGUUGCUGGAUGACUGCUGAAGAGUGGGAAGGAAAAGAUGCUCUUUUAUUUUACAGUUUGUGGGGACUAGCUGAGUUGGUACAGCAUUCCUCUGAUACGGAUCAUAGUCAUAUCAAAUCUAAUUUAAUAAAGACAGUACAAGAAGUCUUAGAUAAUGUAUCUGCUCCUGGACCAAGAUGGUUGGCUGCUAAUAUUCUUAGUUAUUUUGGAGUUUACGGUUUUCCCAAUAAACAUGACAAAGGCUUUGGGAGAGCACUUGAAGACAAGGAGCAUACUGAUCUGCAACUCCUUUUUGCUAAUGGCGAGUCUGUGAGUGUUCACAAAAUUAUUCUUGCAGUCCAGUGUCCAUCAUUGCUACCUCCUGAGCAAUUUCCUCGGAGUGCAAAAACAACUGAUAAUUUUUUAGUGAAAGAUGUUCCAAGGAAGUGCUGCCCAAUGUUGCAAAAAGAAGUUCGUUUCUCUGCUCGGGUUGAUCAGCAGGCACUAUUAAAGUUGUUGGACUAUGUUUACUUUGGUUAUGUUGAAGCUGGAGAAGACCUUGCCAGGAAGUUGAAAACUCUAGCAAAGUCUUGUAACAUGCAACCUCUAUAUCUAAUGCUUUGCAGAAAGAUACCUCAGUGGGGUACUCCAAUUCCAAGCUCUGAUUUCACUGAUGCUCUUGGCCCUUUGGGGUUCCAGUUCGCGGAUAUAAUCUUGGAAGCUGAAGAGACAGAAAAAAUGCCCUGGGCAUGCAGUUUUUGCUCUCUAUUGUUGCCACACAUGCAUGCUCACAAAUUCAUCCUGCAAUCAAGGUGUAAAUAUCUACAAGCCUUGUUUCUAUCAGGAAUGCAGGAAAGGAGAUGAUUUAUGUGCCUUGUUUUGCUACUUCGUAUUUUCAUUACUGUGUCUGGUUUAUGUUCACCGCAAAGGUUCAAUUUGUUGCAGCCAUUCACAAAGCAUCAAGGUUCCUGUGAGCUGGGAAGCAUUAAUCAAGUUAGUUCGAUUGAUUUAUAGUCGCAAGCUGCCAGAUCCUCCCUUUGGAUGUUUGUGGGACAACAUGGACACCAAGGAAAGGCUAUACGAGUUGAAACCUUAUGUAGAAGUGUACUGGCUGGCUGAGUUUUGGAUUUUGGAAGAUGUUCAAGAAGCUUGCUUCACAACCAUUAUAUCUUGCUUGGAUUCUGAUAGACAAUUAGCUCUUGAAGUUAUGAAACUUGCAGCUGGUUUCUCUCUGUGGAAGCUAGCAGAGGUAGCGGCAGAUUAUAUGGCCCCUAUUUAUCAUAAACUCCGAGACUCCGGUGUUCUUGAACAACUUGAUGAACUGUUAAUUGAACUAGUUCGUGAUGCUUCUGUCAGGCUUUCUCAGGGGAGUGGUGGUUUUCCUCAUCUAUAAUAGAUGAAGGCGAUUACUGAAUCCGAUGUUAUUAGGGUAAGAAGUCUUCAAACCGUUUCUCAUACUGCCAGAAUCAUCUGAUGCGGCACCAGAUACCGGCUCUCUUUGCAUGUAGAAUUUACAAACACUAUUUUGCCGAUCUAUAAAACCCCAUAAGCCCCAGCAACCUGGUUUGUCCAGUCCGAUUCCUAAUGGAACAGGAUGGUUCAACUCUGAAUUUGGCAAGUAGUUUUUAGUUAUAAUUGACAUACUUUUGAUAUGACGGAAUUGAAUGUGUAAUAUUAAGGAUGUGAUUCUUGUAGUAGCGUCCAAAGUGAUCUGUUUGGUGCUUAGCUCGGCAUAUUUUUUGGUUAAGGAGUGAUAUCUCUUUGUCUCUAAGGAAUUAUAUCACCCAUAUGUGUACUUUCUUAUUUAGAUGACAUCGUGUGGUAAAGAAACAUUAAAUAUAUACUCAUUAGGUAUUUUUUUACCCA